AUGGUGAUCAAAACUAAGUUUCCUUAUCCGUUAUUCUUAUGGUUCUUCUUCACCAUAUAUUUCUCUUCUGGGUUGCUGUCACUAGGUCAUGGGAUUUCUAGACAGAGGACGGACCUCGGCCGAUGCGUAGAUCAAUGCCGUCGGGAGGAGAAGGAUUUUCCAGGCUUAUUUGAUUGCGCAGCUCGUUGUGACAGGAAGUAUGCAGGUACCACUCCAUGGGAAGGGGAGGGCUCUCGGCGGGAACUGCAGAAGUGUCAGAAACGUUGUGAAUCGGAGGAAAGCGGGAGGACGCAACAGCAGCAGUGUGAGCAACGCUGUGUGGAGGAAGUGAGGGAGGAAGAACAAGAACGCCAACGAGAGCAAAUAGAACGAGAACGAGAAAAAAGAGAAAAAGAGCAAAGGGAACGACAAGAGCGGGAAGAAGGAGAUCAAGAGCAAGAAAGAGAGCGUGAAGGAGGAGAGCAACAGAGGGAACGUGAAAGAGAGCAAAAGAGGGAACGGGAAAGAGAGCAACAGAGGGAACGUGAAAAAGAGCAAACGAGGAAACGCGAAAGAGAGCGACGAGAGGAGGAAGGAGAAGAAAGAGAGCGACGAGAGGAGGAAAAAGAAGAAGAACAAGAAGAAAUAGAGCGACAGAGAGAACGCGAAAGAGAAGAAAGAGAGCGAGACAGAGAGCGUGAGCGAGAAGUCAGUCGUCACGAUUACUCAUCGCGAGACCCUGAAGAAAAAUUCGAGCAAUGCAUGCAACUAUGCAAGAAGCAACCGGUUAGGCAAGAGCUACAGUGCAAGAAAAGGUGCAAGAGACAAUAUGAGGGCACGAAAAGGAAUUUACAACAGGAAGAAAUAAGUCAACUACUACGAGGCAAUGGAGGUGCUGGCGAAGAAAACUAUCAUGGGUCGCAUCAACCAUACGAACAGUGCCGAAAACAAUGUGAAAGGCAAGAGAGAGGGGAGCAACAUCAGCAACAAUGCAAGAGCUGGUGCGAGCAACAGAGAGAAAAAGAGGACAAAAGGCGAAAAGGCGAGCAAAAUCCACAAAGAGAAGAGCAGCAACAGAGGAACAAUCCUUACUACUUCCACGCACAGAGAUUCCAUUAUCUUUUCAAGUCCCAAGAGGGUCAUAUCAAGGUUUUACAGAGGUUUAGCGAAAGAUCUCAACUUCUUCGUGGCAUCGACAAUUACCGAUUGGUCAUUACAGAGGCUAAUCCUAGCACAUUAGUUGUCCCACACCAUUCUGAUGCUGAAACUAUCGCGGUUGUUGUAAGAGGAAAGGGAAUCAUUACUCUUGUGUCACAAGAAAGAAGGGAAUCCUUCAACAUGGGUCUUGGAGAUAUGCUUAGAGUUCCUGCAGGGGUUACUAAAUACUUUGCAGCUGGAGGUGGAAAUCCAGAGUCAUAUUACAGAGUCUUCAGCAAUGACAUCCUCCAGCGCGCUCUAAACACACCAAGUGACCAGCUACAGAGGCUCUUUGAGGGGGAGCAGAGGCAGCAUGGCGCAAUCAGAAGAGCCACGCCAGAGCAGCUUAAAGCAUUAAGUCAACACGCUACACCAAAGAAGUCAAGCAGUGAAUCUGGUAGUCCGUUCAAUCUGCUUAGCAAAGAACCUCUAUAUCAUAAUAAUUUUUGA